AUGGUCGACCUCGAGUGGGCCCCCGAAUACGUCCCCCACGUCAAGCUGGGCCUGCACACGGCCCAGAUCUUCUUUGGCUUCACCAUCUGGUGCCUCGAGAUUGCCGUCUUUGUCGGCAGAGACGCAAAAGUCGUCGUCAACAAUGCCUGGACCUUUGCAGUGUGCUUCUUGUCCAUACCCGCGUGGCUGUACCUCAUCAUGGCGCCCCGCUGGCCCCAGGCUCGCCGCAUCGCCGAGCCCAAGGCCAUGCUCGUCAUCGACGUUCUCUUCGCCGUCCUGUGGCUGUCCGCCUUUGCCACCCAGGCCGCCUACAACACUGCCAACCAGUGCGGCCAGGUCUGCAACCUGAGCAAGGCCAUUGUCGGCCUCGGCGUCUUCGCCACCCUGCUCUGGGUCGGCUCGUCCCUGGUCAGCUCCUACUGCCUCAAGUACUACAACUUCCACGGCACCCUGCCCGGCUACGACUCCCACCAGCGCCUGCCCGACAACAGCACCAACAUCGACCCCGACAAGGCCGCCUUCUCCACCGCCGACGAGGACUACGAGCGCGUCAACCUCGACGACCAGGAGGCCGCCGGCGCCCACUACGCCGAGACGGGGCGCUACGGCACCGCCAACCCCUACAGCGCCGACGACUUUGGCGACCCCGACCGCUACGGCUCUCUCCCGCCGCGCGCCGACAGCAGCCACGGCAACAACGACUUCCUCCGCCAAGACACGGAGUACACCUCGGGCGGCGGCGUCGCGGCGCCCCCCGCGCCUGUGCCCUACGGCGGUGCCCCGCAUCGGCCCUACACGGACGAGCCGGCGGUGUUCCCGGCGGGCAACUACGACCGUGGGCACCCGUAA